AAUUCGCAUCGAUAGUAUUUUUCGCCCGUGUGUUCACACUGCGGAUUGCAGCGAAUUCGCUCAUUUGAAAAAAAUAAAACAUGGCUGGAAGAGGUGGUUAUGAACACGCUAGAGGCGGAUUCGGUGGAGAUCGGGCAUCCAAGCAGUUGCCCACGGAACCGCCUUUUAUCGCAUUCGUCGGCAAUCUGCCGCAAGGCCUUGUGCAGGGCGAUGUGAUCAAAAUAUUCCAGGACUUUGAGGUCAAGUACGUUCGGCUGGUGAAGGAUCGGGAAACGGAUCAAUUCAAAGGCUUCUGCUACGUUGAAUUUGAAACGCUGGACAAUCUGGAGCGGGCGUUAGAAUGCGAUGGUCGGAUCAAACUGGACGACCUGUCGGCGCCACUGCGCAUCGAUAUUGCCGAUCGUCGGAAAAAUGAUCGCCCUGGUGGCGGUGUUGGAGGCGGUGGCAACGGCGGAAUGACGCGCGGCGACGGCAGAGACGGUUUCCAGAAACGUGGCCCACCACGACAAGGCGGCAGCAGUCAGUCAUACAGCCGGGGAGGUCCUGGCACUGGCGGCGGUCGCGAAGGCGGCGGCGGAUCGGGUAAUCGCGGCGAUAGUAGAGGUUCGUACAAUGAUAGUUAUGGUGGUCACAAUGAUAGAAGUCGUGGCGGCGGCGGCAGCGGCGCGGGCACUGGCGGUGGCAUGAAUAGAGGAUACAAUGAUCGGCCGGCAAAUCGGGGUCGGUACGGCAAUUUCAACAAUGACGAUCGAUUUGAUCGUAACCAGGAUCGUGACCGUGGACAGCGGGAAGGAAGCUAUGGCAAUCAGUCGCGCGACGGCGAUCGUUACAACAACUUCAGCCGGCACCGUGACCGCGAGCGUACCCACUACAAUCCCAACCAGCAGAGCGAACGUCCCAGCGGCGGAAUGGGCGGCCUAGGCGGUGGAUCCGGCGGAUCAGGUGGUCUGGGCGUCGGUGGUGGUUCCUCGAUGGGUGCCAUUGACGAUAAUGAGCGGCCACGCCUGCAGCUGAAACCACGGACAAUUGCCGCGCCCAUAAACGCGGUGGCCGAGACCAAGCAAUCGGCCUCGAUCUUUGGCAAUGCCAAGCCGCGCGAGGAGAAGCUGAAGGAGCUGCAGCAGAAUGUCAAUCACAACGGCGAUAACUAGAGGGCAGGAUUCGGUCCGCAAUAUAAUAUGCCUGAUAUGAUAUUUUGGUGUGCGAAAUAGAAAGAGAGGGAACGAGCGAUAAGCGCGAAGCAGAUAUGGAUGAGGAGGAGGAUAAGGAGUACGAAGAUGAGAAUGAGGAGGAGCAGAAGGAGCAUCAGCAGCAUGCAUAUAUAAACACAUACAUUAAUUAAUAACACUACGCUACAUACCUAUUAUAUACGAAAGAUAUGUACUACAUUAUGAGAACGAAGAUGAAACAACAGGCUGGCCUCUGUGUCUCUGUGUCAGUGUCCAGUGUCAGUCAGCAAGCAAGCAACUUAACGGUAGCAACAGCAACAGCAGUAGCAGCAGCAGCAGCAUUAGCAACAGCAGCAGCAACAUCAGCACAGCAACAUCAAGCCAAGCAGCAACCAAGCAACCUUUCUUACUCUUUGCAAAACAAGAACAUCCGCAACAACAAUGGAAAAGUCUAUAAAUGUUAGUCCUUAAGCAGCGAUAAACUUUAGUCUCGUGCAUAUGGCCUAUAUAUAUAAAUAUAUAGUAUAUAUAUAUAUAUACGUUUAUGUACGAUUCAUGUACAGCAGCUGUAUGCACGCUGCUAUUUGUUAGUUAAGUUCAAAAAAAAAAAAACAAAACAAAAGUUCUACCAUUAAGGUAUAAAUAGUAAACAAAAAACAAGCAAAACAAAAAAGUGAAAACCAUAUAUAAAAAAAGAAAAACUCGAAAAACAAAGCAAAAAUCGAAAACAAAAACUUUUUUGACAAAACGUUCAGCGUAGCAGGCAGGCAAUUUAUACAGUUUAUAUAGCAAAAAAAAAAGAGAAAAAAACCAAAAAAAAAAACAAAAACAAAAACAAAUAACGAAACCAAUUACUGAACAUAUAUACCUUAUGAGAAAAACACCAACAACAACAGAUCUAACAAAACAAAUCGCAGAUAAGCAGAACACCAACUACGUACGUAACAAACAAACAAAACAAAACGAAAAAAGAAGAAAACAAACAAACAAUGAAAUGGAGAUGUAAUCGUUGAAGAUUAACUAGAAGAAAUACGCAGAAGUAAUAACAAUAACAGCAACAAGAAACUUUAUAUAUACCUUACAGAAUUACAAUCGACUACAUAGUUCUUAUGUAGCUGAUCGAAAAAGUCAAAGUCGCAGACCAAAUUAUACAAUUAUAAUUUUGAUAUUCACAUAUUUGAACUUGAACCUUUUUAUCUGUUUCAUUCAUAAGUAGCUGCUCCUAUAUUUAAUCUUUAACCCGCCAAUCAGUGUACUAUUAUUCUUUCUAAUAUUCUAGAUUUCUUUGUAGAUAACCUUUGUAUAAGACGAGAAAAGUAUGAAAAACAAUGUAUAAAUUUAAUUUUUUGUUUGUGUGUUUCCAUUUUUCUUUGCAAUCACAAUGUACGUAGAUGCGAAUAGUGUUUUUCCCUUCUUGAAUGACCUUCUGUUUGUUUCCUCACGAGUUUCAAAUUUUUUUUUUAAUUAAUUUUUUUUGUACCUUGCAAGAGCUGGAAAAAUUCGCGAAAGUUGUAAAUUAAUUUGAAAAUAAAGCAAAAAAAAUUUACAUAAGAAUUUACCGUUUCGGUUUGGUGUUUUCCUUCGGACUUAUUCGGAAUUGUUUCUUUUUCUUUUCGGAGUGCUGCUCAAUGCACUUUGUACAUACAUACAAUCAAAAACAAGAAAAUAAUUACACUUUCCCACUUUUUCCUCCCUCACUCCCAGUCCUCGGGAGUACAAUAAUUGUGUUGUCCUGCCCGAAUCGACUCAGUCCUGUCCUGCUUCGGAUUCUGGAUUCCGGCACCGCGAAACCCACUCAUUUUGAUUGCGAUAUCCCAAAUCAUGAAAAAAAAAAAAAAAAAAGAAAAGAAACCAUACGAAACCGACUUGACCGACCGACAAAGCUCACCCAGAGUUAACCGCGUCCAGCUGGCGCAGCAAGUAAAUGAAGUAAAUAGAAAUACAAAUACAAAUGAGAGUAUAAUGUGUAACAGUUAAAGUAAAGAUUACGUUUAAUAUACCUUUAAAGCUAAAGAUAAACUUAACAUUUAAUUUUUAGCACUAAUACAAUACCGUAAGCAGUCAAAGAUUUACACUAAAAUGAUAAAGUGAGAAAACGAAAAAAAAGAAAACGGACAAACAAUAUUUGUAACUCCUCAAAAAUAUGAAUGAAAUGAAUGAGAAGAAAACAUGAUCGAGUUGACAACUUAAUUAAUUGCUGCUCUCAAAAACCUAAUUAAGAACUUUGAUAUGCAUUUUAAAACGCCCAUAAAGACAAAGAAUUGUUUAAAUUACGAUUAAACCAAAAGCAAAACUAAAACGAGAAUUUAUACAAAGCAAGAGUUAGACAUUAACUUACAUCAUAAAACAUCUAUACAUAAACACACACACAAAUAAAUAAAUAAAUAUACGCUAUGAUUAAUGACGAAACUGAUCGAGUUAAGCCAAGAUUAUAUAGCAAUUCUACUCUUAGCAACCGCAAUAAAUAAAAACAAAAACUAACCGAAAUUAGCAAGCAGUUAAAGAAACAAAUUUCGUAGCGCGUGAACGAGAAAUCAAUUUUUACCAAUUACCACACCAGAAAACAUCGCAAAAUGCUAACUUCAUGUAACUUACAUAACAAGAAAUUAAUAAAGUAACAAAUCAACAAAGUCAAA